AUGAUGCCUCACGAACCAUCCCCCAUCUCCCCAACUACGCCCACCAAAUUCCCUCCUCCAACGCGCAGCGCUACCAUUCCCAUACCCCCACGCACAUGGUCCGCUCCCACCGACAGAACGCUUCUCGCGCCUGAAGAUGCGAUAUAUCUCGGGGCACCACCGCAUAGGAGGGGGGCAGCGGACAAGGCGAAUCCGCGCAUGUGCAACGUCGACACGAUAGGAGAAGACAGUUUGAGGGGUCACCGGCGGGGGAUGAAUAAGGAGAGGAUGAGCAGCAGCAGGAGGCGGAAGGUUAUUUGGAAGAAGCUGCUCUGGGUGAAGCAAUCCUAUCCCGAUAAUUACACCGACCAAGAAACAUUCCUCGAGCACCUUCAGCGAAACCCACGGCUUCAACCAUACGACUUCUGGCCACUUGUCGCAGACUCGACCGUCAUCGUCCAGCAGGUCUGUUCCGUGAUAAUCUUCAUUGUCUGCUUUGUGGGGAUAUUCCAAGAGAGAGUUUCCCCUGUUACCGUCGUCGGGACAGGCACACUCAGCACAGUUCUCGGCUGGGUAGCGUGGGACAGAUGGGUUGGGCAAGAACAGCAAUCUUUCUCUCGCCCCGACAAUCCACCGGGUCCUGUUGAUGGGCCGCCCAUGGUGAGCUCAGUUUCGGGCGCUGUCAAGAGCGAUACCAAACCACAAGCGGCUGGACCUAACCUUGCAGCGCUGCCACACAGCCCACGACAUUCGCACAGUGCCAGUGCCUCAUCCCUCCACUCUCAGACCUCUAUCCCAUCCCCUAUAGUUGGCCAACCCAACGGCUCAUCUACUUUUGCGACUUACAGCGCUGUUGCCCCCUAUGGCUCAAGGUCAUCCUUCUCCCCGCGAAAUCAACAGCGGCUUGCAACAGCGAAAUCCGCGGUCCUUAUCUACUGCGCACUCCUCGGGCUCAGCCCUAUCCUCAAAUCCCUAACAAGGUCGACGUCGAGCGAUUCGAUUUGGGCGCUCAGCACGUGGUUGAUGAUCAUUAAUGUUUUCUUUUUCGACUACGGCGGCAAUGUCGGCGUCAAGUUUCAGGCCUCCCUCUCCACAAAUGCGGCCCUCAUGGCAUCGACUGUGCUUGCCUCGCGCCUCCCAUCCACCCAGCACGUCUUCUCUCUCACGCUCUUCUCGAUCGAAGUCUUUGGGCUGUUCCCCGUCUUUCGCAGACACUUGCGCCACGUGUCUUGGCGCUGGCACGUCGUUCUUACGGCACUCCUUGUAAUGGGGGCCGGCGGGGGAGUUGGGAUGGUGGUUACUCGCGGGGGAUGGAAGGCGGCUGUUGUCGGGAUGACGCUAGGGAACCUCAUUGCAGGCCUGGCUAUGGGAGGGUGCAGUUGGUGGUUAAUUGGGCUCCAGAGGUAUAAGAAUGAGAUACAUGGACCAUGGGACCCGGCGAGGCCGAUCAUACGCCGGCACUGGGAGGACUAUUAA